AUGGUCAUAGACGAAGCACAUGUCAUUGAGGCCUGGAAGGAUGAGUUCAGGAAAGACUAUGGCGAGCUGGCAGCACUCAAGAUCAUUGUCGGAACGGAGGUACCAUGGUUAGCACUCACCACGACAUGCUCUACCCAAACAUUUGAGAUCAUCUACACGACACUCGGGAUGGGAGAAUCACGACCGUUCUAUGGCAUAGACUUGUGCUCCGACCGGCCAAACCUGGCGCAGUGGGUUAGACCGAUGGAAUACUCGAAAAUCUCGAUGGCCAACUUACUUGCUUUUCUCCCUCAAGCACCGCAAAAUCUGUCCGACUUCGACAAGAUCAUCUUCUAUUUCUUAACACGACAGCAGGCACUUCGUGCCUGCACCCUCUGCUGCUCUCUCAUCACCUCUCCCGAACUACGCAAGGGUUUGUUACCAUUUACCGCCAUGAAUUCGGAGGCAUACAAAGAGACUGUCAUGGGGCAGAACAAGAGUGAUACGGGGAUGAGGCAAGAUUAG